AUGUCAGAACUUGUAACGCAAUCCGUUUCGAAUCCAAGUGCGUCUCAAGGGGACACGAAAGAGAGGCCGCCCGUCAUCGAAAGCGCGAUCAAAGUUCUUCUAGAGCGGUGCAGGAAGCAUCGACGCCGUACACGGGACCUUCUGGACGCGGACUCGGGUAGUGAGUCAGAGCCGGACGGUGCAACGGAUUGGGUAUUUUUGGUGCUGACCCUGCAGUGUAUACCGGAAAAUAUGCCGCGACGGCCCCGAUUGAUACCGUUGCCGAACCCUCUCUAUCGAUCGACGGAGCCAGGUGACGCUGUGAGCGCGUCGCUGUCGGUGUGUGUGGUGUGCCCAGACCCCGUGCGACCGUACCGCCGGUUUCUGGUCGAGUCACCGCCAGCGCAGUGGCGUGAGCGCAUUCGAUCCUUACGCGUCACCGAGGUGCUGUCGGUAAGGCAGCUUCGCCGAGACUACCUCCAGUUUGAGCAACGUCGCCGGCUUGCUGCCAAGCAUGACCUGUUCCUCGCCGAUACGCGCGUGUGGCCAUUACUGCCGGAUCUUCUCGGAAAAGAGUUCUUUCGACGUAAGAAAUACCCUCUGCCUGUGAACUUUUCUGGUUUAGACCAGUGUACUUCCGUGGUGGCGGAGCGGGUGAUUCGAGCAUGUGAACGCGUACGCGAUAGCACUGUUUGGUAUCCGGGGCUAGCGGCGGGCACCUGCUGUGCCAUCCGAGUCGGAAGGCUCUCCAUGUCGCCGGAGGCACUCAAGACGAACGUGGAGCAAGUCCUGCACCAGUUGCCAACGUUCAUUCCAGGAGGUAUUCGGCGGGGCGUUCUCAGUAUCUACCUGAAAACGAGAGCGCGGGUCCCGAUUCCGCUCUAUGUGGCGGAUCGGACAACGCAGGUGCUCGCAGCGAGUGCACCGGUACGCUCCAACUUUACAAUGUGGUCACCUGAGCGUCGUCGACGUCGCAGUCGCCAAACCAAACAAAAGCUCGUACGAGUACCGGACACCCGACCGACACCGCUCGCUCAGAAGCGUCAACGACAAUGA